GGGAGAUCGCAUAAGGCGCCGGAACCAACGAAAAAUCCAACCGCAGGUCAGCUCGGUCCACCAAGAUCAUUUUCACAUUCACGAUGGCCAAGAAGACCGAUUCCAAGACGACGAAGCGCACGGGCGACGACGCUGCCAAGAAGGUGGCCAAGAAGCAGAAGGUCGAAUCGUCCGAGUCGGGCUCCGACUCGGAGGAAGAGGCUGAGGAAGAGGCCGAGGAAGAGGUCGCUGCCGAGGAAGAGGAGCAGGUCGAAGAAGAAGAAGCCGAGGAAGCCGACGAGGCCGGCGACGAGAACAUCGAGUGCAAGGACUGCGGCAACACGUUCGUCUUCACGGCCGGCGAGAAGGCCUUCUACCUCGAGAAGGGCUUUGACAACAAGCCGGUCCGCUGCAAGGACUGCAAGAACGCCAAGAAGGAGCGCAUGAACGGCGGUGCCGCUGGCGGCCGUGGCGGUCGUGGCGCUGGCCGUGGCUUCGGCGGCCGUGGUGGCCGUGAUGGCGGCCGUGGCCGUGGUGGCCGUGGUGGCCGUGACGGUGCUGGCCGUGGCGGUGGCGGUGUGUGCUACGCCUUCCAGAAGGGCGAGUGCAACCGCGGCGCUGGCUGCCGGUUCAGCCACUCGGGUUAA